GUAAAAGUCUCUUAAUACAUUUAAAACCAUCCCUGCCAGUAGAAAAAAAUACCAAGAUUUAAAUGAAGCCACAACACUUUAUCCCCUGAUAAGAUUCUUAAUUUUCCUCAUGCAGGGAAUUUUUUUUAACCUUCCAGUUUUCGCACACUUCCAGUAUCCGCUCACCACCCAUCACAGAAUUAGGAGAAAUUUUACUAUUUAUUGCAAACUGCAGGCAGUGUUUUCUCACGCCUGGCGACUAGGAAUUCUGGGAGCUGAAGUCUACCCAUCCUCAAGCAGGCUUGCUGGGGGAAUUCUGGGAGUCGAAGUCCAAGGUUAAAUUUAAUUGCUUUAUUUUGCGACGGUGGUGGGAAUGUUCUGUUUUGUUCUUCCGCAGAAGUAAUUGCAUAAGGCGAUGGAUGUAAAUGCAACAAACUUGUUCCUCCAGUCCAGGCCACUUCAAAAUGUUGCUUUCUUGCUGGGUUCUUUUGGUUUUUUUUUUAAAGUAUUCAACAAAAAAAAGUCCUCUUAUAGGUGGAAGGUAAUAGGGGAACCUCUUUAACUGCUCCUUCACCCACCACAGAAGAAGCAGGAAGAUGCAGCCACGGAUGUGGGUUUGGCUUUACCGUUGCACAAAAGAAGUUUAAGAACAGAACAGGCUCCGGUCAUGAAUCCAGAGGAGCGAACGGUGACUUGGUUGAUUUCUCUGGGGGCUUUGAAUUCCCCCAAAAUGAUGGUUGAGGACCCCGUGCAAUUCCUCAAGACGUCUCUGAAAGACGGAGUUGUCCUUUGCAAACUCCUUCUCCGACUUCUGCCCGGCUCUAUCGAAAAGUAUUGCCUAGAGCCCAAGACGGAAGCCGACUGCCUUGGCAAUAUCCAACAGUUUUUAAAUGGGUGUGCAGCGUUGAAAGUGGAGCUGUUUGAUGCCCACGAUCUCUACUCCGGAGAAAACUUCACCAAGGUAUUGACUGCCCUUUCGUCUCUCAACAAAGCCACGGAAGAUCCAGGAAGUUCUACCAGGAAGCCAUGUUCUCAGCUGCCUUCUCCGGCCCCCGGUGACUGCCAGCCCCUGACCCAAGCGGCCUCCGCUCGGCCAUCCAGAGUGUUGCAGAGACAGUCAAGAGUUGGGGAGAUGACGGAAAAUGGCAGUCAUCAACUGGUGGUCAAGGCCCGUUUCCAGUUUAAGCAGACCAACGAAGAUGAGCUGACCAUCAACAAGGGGGACAUCAUUUACGUCACCCGCACUGAGGAAGGGGGCUGGUGGGAAGGGACCCUGAACGGAAAGACGGGCUGGUUCCCCAGCAACUACGUCAGAGAAAUUAAAUCCACCGAUAAACUGCUCUCUCCUAAGGCUUUGAAAGGGGCCGAAAGUCCUCAACUUACGAAGAAUUACUAUACUGUGGUGCUUCAAAAUAUUUUGGAAACAGAGCGAGAGUACGCCAAGGAACUGCAGUCCCUUCUAGGAACGUACUUGAAGUCACUCCAGUCUUAUGACAAGCUGAGCACUACGGACAUAGCCUCUCUGCUUGGAAAUGUGGAAGAGAUCUGCAACUUUCAACAGACGCUCAACCAGACGCUGGAGGAGUGUGCUAGACUCCCUGAAUACCAGCAACGAGUCGGAGGUUGCUUCCUAAGCCUGAUGCCCCAAUUUGCUUCUCUGUACCUCACUUAUUGCACUAACCAUCCAUCUGCGGUCAACGUCUUGACCCAUCACAGCGAUGAAUUGGAGAAGUUCAUGGAGAACCAAGGGAUGGCCUCCUCUGGGAUAUUGAUCUUGACAACAAGUCUCAGCAAACCAUUCACACGGCUGGACAAAUACAUUGCCCUCCUGCAGGAGCUUGAGAGACACAUGGAGGAGGCACAUCCUGAUCAUGAAGACAUUUUGAAAGCGAUAGGGGCCUUCAAGUCUCUUGUGUCCCAAUGUCAAGAGAUGAGAAAGAGGAAGCAGCUAGAACUGCAGAUCCUUUCAGAAACCAUCCAAGGUUGGGAAGGAGAAGACAUCCGAUCCAUGGGCAGCGUCCUUUACAUGUCCCAAACCAUGGUCCAACAUGGAGGGAAUGAGGAGAAAGAGGAAAGAUAUCUCAUGUUGUUUCCAAGCGUUCUGCUGAUGCUCUCAGCCAGUCCUUGUAUGAGUGGAUUUAUGUAUAAGGGGAGACUCCCUUUAAUAGGAAUGCUGGUAUCCAAAUUAGAAGAUCUGGAAGGAAAUGAUCACGCUUUUGAUAUCUCAGGGAGCAUGGGAGACCGGCUGACGGUACAUUGCGGUAGCAGCCAAGAUUUGCACGAAUGGCUCGACCACCUCCAAAGGUUGACCAGAGGGUCCACUUUCAGUGGUACCCUCUCAAAAACCCAAUCUUGGGGUUCCCAUUCGACUUUUAGCUCUACUGGACAAUUCCGUGGCCCACUGGAACCACCCCAGAUCCUCAAACCCUGGACCUUGAGUUGCCUCCGCCCAGCACCUCCUCUCAGGCCCUCAGUGGCCCUCAGCUAUAAAGAGCGGAUGUCCUACAUCUUAAAGGACGCCAGCAAGAGUCCAAAGACGAUGAAAAAGUUCCUGCCCAAAAGAAAAACAGAGAGGAAGCCAUCGGAUGAGGAAUUUGUGAUUAGAAAAAGCACGGUUGCCUUAGAGGAAGAUGCUCAGAUCCUGAAGGUGAUUGAGGCAUACUGCGCGGGGGCGAGUCUGCAGCAGAAUGUCACUUCCGGGUCCCGCAAAGAUUCCGUCCCCCAGGUUCUACUUCCGGAAGAGGAGAAACUAAUCAUCGAGGAAGUGCGGAGCAACGGGCAGACCGUGGCCGAGGAGAAGAGUCUCGUGGAUACCGUCUAUGCGCUAAAAGAUGAAGUCAAAGAACUGAAGCAGGAGAACAAACGAAUGAAGCAGUGUCUGGAGGAAGAGCUGAAAUCCAGGAAAGAUUUAGAAAAAUUGGUCCGGAGGUUAUUGAAGCAAACGGACGAAAGCAUCCGAGAAGAGACGGGCCGCCGUUCCUCCAUGCUGGCCUGAACCCUCAAAACCCCACUCAGGAAAGUUUGCAGCCGCGUCUCUCAGGCUCCCUCGCUCUUUCGUUUGGGGAAAUCAUGCCUGUUUCGCUUCUUCGUUGCAGAAAAGAAAAGAUAAAAAAAAAGAAAAACAAAUAGCCCAACUGGGUUUUUUUUUUUUUCCUCCCCUCGUUCAAAAAGCCCAUUUUGCAUGCUGCUCAUGGCCGGCGAAGAUUUUGCUCCAAAACGGACAUCAGAAAAGUUACCAAAAAAACUUUUCCAGGACUUCUGAUAUCCCCCCACCUCCCCCAUCUCGUCCUAAGAUUAUAUGCUCCUGGCAAGGGAUGGGUCACCACUCAGCGUGAAGUAGGUUCCUGAGUGCAAACGCAGGGAAAAAAAACAAAACCCAAAAAAACCCCGCCCGUACCGUCUUCCGUUCUCGUUUUGCUUUUACAGCGUGUUUCUUAAUUUAUUGAGUGGGAGGGGGAAGCAAACUUGGUUUCUUGAAUUGCAAGCGAGUGAGAAGCCAAACGAUCAUUUGCACUUCUGUUUUGUUUUUUUCAUUUUUUUUUCCAGGGAAUCGGAGAAAACGAGUGUGAGAAUUGCCGCCCUCUCCUUGAGAUUGUGAGAAUCCCACUCUGUGGCCUUUCUGUAGAGGAUAUUUAUGCAAUGGAUCCCAGAUUUCAGGGGUUUGAUUCCUCUGGAUUCACACCUUUUGGUUCCUUGCAAAUUGAGCAUGGGAAGUGUGUUCGAACGAAGAGACAGCAGCCAACGGCACGCUCGUCUCUUCUCACUGGUAUAGAGUCUUCUGCUUGAGCUGGUGGUUGGACUAGAAGACCUCUGAGGUCCCUUCCAUCUCUGGUUUUAUGAUUAACCGAGGUGGCCUGAUUACAGAUCCAUCCUCACCUUACAACAGUUCAUUUAGUGAGCAUUUGAAGUGACAAAACCAUGGGGGAAAAAAAUGACUUACGAACAUUUUUCAAGUUGCCAAGCGCCCAGAUUUUGAUCGUGCAACCAUGGGGAUGUUGCAACGGUCGUAAGUGUGAGGAACGGUUGUAAGCUUAAAAAAAAAAUUCAGUGCUUGUUGUAGCUUUGAACAGCCACUAAAUGAAAGGGUUGUACGUCGAGUUACCUGUGUUCUGCCUUGGGCUUCCUACCGGUAGAAUUAUUUUUUGAUCACCGCCCUGUAGCAAGAAUGGAAUCGACUCCGAAAAAGUCCAGUUGGAGAUCAUCUUUGCAUUCCGGCUGUCAGCUGCUGGAGGCGCAAAGUUGCAAUUGCAUUUUGACAAAGGCAAAAGCUCUUUUGCUGCAACAGCGGAUGCAUUUUGAGUCAGCCAGGAAGGGCAAAGACAACCAGAUUGCAAGAUAAAGCUGAAAAAAAAAAUACAAAGAGGCAAAAAGAGGCACGCAAAUUGAGCGAGGGACGCAUUCUUGUGUCAGCUGAGUUUGUGUGGAAGCUUGUCGCAAAGAGACAGAAUGGAGAUGUUCCUCUAAACCGGGGUCAGCAACCUGUGGCUCUGGAGCCGCAUGUGGCUCUUUCACCCCUCGGCUGCAGCUCCGUCACUCAAAAUAUGGGUCACCGCCGCCAAUGUGCGACACCUGCUGGCAUGUGAUUUAUUGAGCUUUUCGACCCCCAGUAGGCCAAUCAUGGAUAAAUCCAAGAAAAGAAAAGUUUCAGAAGAAAACAGAACAUUUAAUUCAACUUCAUAUGCUUGUUUUGUGGCCACUCAAGAAAUAGUCAGGCACGGGAAGGUUUUUGUGGCUCCCGGUGUUUUCUUUUCUGUGGGAAACGGGUCCAAAUGGCUCUUUGAGUGUUUAAGGUUGCAGACCCCUGCCCUAGAAGGUCUCCCUCAAGUCUGCAGCUUCUCAACAUCUUUUGUGAAUGAUCUACUGGGAACUGGGUUUUUUAUUUUUUUCCUGGCCACGGAAGGUCUACUGUUUGCUCGUUUCGACCCACAGGGAUUCACCCGGCCAGAAAUUAGAAGCAGACAGAAUACUGAAGAAGAAGAAGAAGGAGAAAAUAAUAAUAGCCAUUUUUGAGACUGUGAGGUCCUGUUUUCCCUGCUUCGCCACUAAAAUGAAGGAAGUGCAUGAGAUGAAUGGUAAUGCUUUUUAGUUCUUGUCUGGACCUUUCCUUUUUUAAAAAAAUCAAAGAAAAAAAAGUAUGAUAGGUUUUUAAGUUCACUUGUCAUCUUAUAAAGGAACUUCUUGAAAGGGAUCAAACCAGGGAUGGGCUUCAAAAAUUUUAGCAACGGGUUCUCUGCCCAGUUGCUGGGUGAGCAUGGCUGCGGUGGGUGUGGCUUAGUCAGCCUCCUGCACCACCACGGGGGAAGGGUGCGUUUUUGCCCUCCCCAGGCUCCGGAGGCUUUCCUUGAGCCUCGGGGAGAGCAAAAACAGCCUCCCUGGGCUCCAGAGGCCCUCUGGAGGCCGGAAACGGGCCUGAACUUCCGGUAGUCCCAUUUUUCACCCUCUCCAACCCUCCAUGUGUGCCCUGCACUUACCUGCAUCCAAAACGGGCCGUGUGGGGACUCCUAGGAGGGCAGGAGGUGGGUGGGCGGGGCCAGCCAGGAGUGGGAUUUGGCACAGAAUCUUAGCUAGAAGUUUUCACGAACCCCUACGAACCCCCAGCAGCCCACACCUGGAUCAAACCAUCUAGACCAGGGAUGUCCAACCUUGGCAACUUUUAAUACCUAUGGGCUUCCAACUUCCAGCUAUGCUGGCUGGGGAAUUCUGGGAGUUGAAGUCCACAGAUCUGAAAGUUGCCAAGGUUGGACAUGGCUUCUCUAUUUGGGGGGGGAGUGAUAUAGUUGAAGGUUGUUUUUGGUGGUGCUAGCCACACAGCACUGAGCAUUGCCAACUUCUGAGAACAUACCGGGAGGCACCUCUCCUCAAACCUUCCUAAAUUCAGCCGUGGGGAGGAAGACCAUCUGCCUGAGCUGAAUGCCGAGAUGGUCUUCUGAAGCCUCCUGCAUGAUCUUUGGUGUCUUCACUUAUUUCUGUGCUUCCUUACUACUCCCAGCCAGGUGCUUCCAAAAACCUGGAUCCAUAUGGGUCCUAAGCAAUUCCAAAACUGUAUCUGGAGCAUGUCACGGGGUGGGUUGGAAUAAAUAUCCACAAAUCCACCUCUCUUCAAGUUUGAGGUGGCCCCUCAGGAAUGAACAGCUCCAACAUUGUCAAGAGGAAGAAUAUUAUGCUGAUCUAUUCUUGGCAAUCAAGGAAACCAUCAAAUCUCUGGACACGCAAUAGGAAACAACCUCUAAGUUGGAAUGUAAGAAAGAGAUUUUUUCCCAGGAGGGGAAAAAAAAAUCUCAAGGAUUGUUAAUUUCUUCAGAAAACAACAACAACUUUUGGACUUCCUUGGAAA